UUCGCCACAACAAACGAUCUGACCAAUAGGAAUCCCUCAAACUUCAACACAAGUAAAAAGGAUAAAGCUAAACUAGCGGGUCAGAAAGGGGCCACUGCGUAAAUCUGGAUGCGGUUCGUUUUCCUUCUGCUGUUAUCUGUUUGCGUUUCGAUACGUAGUUCGUGGCGGAAGACAAGCGGACACUGGCGAAUCUACAAGUCCAGUCAACGGGUCGGUGAAAUUGCGGGAAAACGUUAUGUUAGUGAAUAGCAGCCGCAUUUGGAUGUGAAUGGGACAAGAGAACGGACGGAGCUACCCACGAAAAAAACAGAAGUGGAAAGCCGCACUGUCAAACAUAAACAAACCGAGAAGAUGGACUGAGCGAACCGACCCGUUUGUUGGAAAUAGCCGAGAAGCACUUUUCACGAUCCGGGCGUCUUUUAAAAACAUGGAUUACGGGAAGGCGUCCUAAUAGAUUUGCCCGUAACUGUGGAAACAUACAACUACAAGACAUCUUCUCGACUGCAAUAAACUUUUUACCCACUUUUGGAUGGACGCUUACAAUCUCAAACACAGCCAUGGUUUGAGUCGAGGGGAAUGGAAAAAUGAAAUAUGAAUGCUUGAAACUGACCUGACGCCAGCCAAACUUUUACGGCAUUCGACAUGGCAAAUUGCGCAGGUUUGCGUCGGGACGCGCGCGCGUUGAUUUGGUCUUUCGCUUGCGUGCUUGCGUGUUUUACUUGUUCUUCCAUCGCCUCCUCUAACCACGGCCGUCGGUUGAUCUGUUGGCAAGCCAUAGCGAAGUGCCAUUCCGAGCCCGAAUGUCAUUAUGCCUACGAUCAGUAUUUGCACGCAUGCGAGCCCAUCCUGACGGGUCACCGGCGGAAAUGUCCCAGUCACUGCAUCUCCUCGCUGGUUCAGUUGAACCUGACCAAAAACGGCCCGGCGCUGGAGGACUGUAGCUGCGCCUCGGACCCCCGCUGUCGGGAGACCAAACGGGCCAUCGAGCCGUGCCUACCCAAAACUAGCAGCAUGGGCUGCACCGAAGCCCGGCGCCAGUGCGCGAGAGACGGACAAUGCCAAAACGCCAUGGGCGAUUAUUUACAUCACUGCGGUAAACUGUUUAGCGGAAGCAGCUGCAGCAAUUCCUGCCGCAAUGUCAUCGCGUACAUGCGAAAACUACCCAAAGCUCAACUCUUGGAUACUUGCGUUUGCGAUGGAUCAGAGCGGACUAUUUGCGAGUUUAUCAAAACUAGUAUGAGGACCCUUUGCUUUGACUCCCCUCAUGUAGAUGAAGAGGGUUCCGGCGGGUUGGACGACAGUGAAAACGAUGACUAUGAGGAUGAACCGGUGGAUUCGGGGUUCAAGGAGAACACAGGUUCUGCUCUUGCGGCAUGUUCUGUUUUGACUUCGGUGGCAUCCAUUUUGGUUGCCUUGAUCACUUUGAAGUCGAGUUAAUAAUCUACCGCGACAGCUGAUCGGACAUUUUCCCGGCGUUCAGUUGUCGCCUCCAAAGAGUACGAGUUAAGCUUUUUGUAGGAGUAAGGUUAGUUUCUUUUCCUGGAGUUGUCACAUUGUAAAUCUGCUUUGGUACACUAUGCAAAUCGACGGCUGUAGCAGAUUGGAGCUUGGUGACCCAUGCCUGUUCUAUGUUGAAAUUGUCAAGCUAAAUUCUGGUUCUGAAGUAAUUUAUGACUUUGGGUCAGUUUGCCUUAAACAAUUGGUGUUUUGUAAAAGACCCCACAACGUGGACAUACUUAUUUCCUAACAGAAAAAAGUUUAUUUUAAUAAUGAAAGGUUUUACUACAAUAGCUGUGCACUGCCUUUAUAAAACCAGAUUUAUAAAUAUGUAUAGGAAGUUGCAAACGAUUUUGCGUAAGUGACAUUUGUAAAACGUGCUUGAAAUGCUGGAAUGGAAAAUGUUUAGAUAUGUGAGCAAGUAUUUUGUAGAUUUGAUACAAUUUAUAAAUAUACCAGAGAUUUGUGAGAGAAAACUUUAUUUUUGUCAAAAAAGCAACCUUAAAAAAAAUAGGUGAUGAUUCCAGCUUUAAAGGGAAGAUUGUAGUAAUUAUUUUCUUUAAAGAUAUUGUACAGUGUACAGAUUUUCAGAGAAUCUUUUAAAUGUGUUAUGUAAGAUGAACUAUUUACUGUGUAGAAAUGUCUAAAUCCACUGUAUGACUGCCUCAUUGAUGUUCUUUUUAAUAGAAGGCAUAAAAACCUAAGUACAAAGAUUGAAA